GGUGCGGGCCGGCGGCGGCGGCGGCAGCAGCAUCAAAGAGCCCCGAUUCUUGCCGCCCUGGGAGCCAUGCGCUGCUGUCUGUAAUGUCAGCGGAACAGGAGAAGGACCCCAUCGCGCUGAAGAGAUCCCGAGGUGGUGACAGUGGAUUGGAUGGGUUAGGAGGACCAGGAGUUCAGCUUGGGAGCCCUGAUAAGAAAAAGCGCAAAGCGAAUACACAGGGGUCGUCAUUUCCUCCUCCAUCUGAAUAUGCUCCACCACCGAACCCAAGCUCUGACCACCUUGUAGCUGCAAAUCCAUUUGAUGACAACUAUAAUACUGUGUCUUAUAAACCACUUCCUUCAGGAAAUCCAUAUUUUAGUAAUCCUGGUUAUCCUGGCUUUGGAGGCUAUAACACUUUCAGAAUGCCACCUCACAUGCUGCCUAGAGUGUCCUCACCAUAUGGUGGUUCUUACUCCCUCAGAAACCAGCCACAUCCUCUUCCUCAAAACCCUGUUGGCAUGGGUUUUAGUCGACCCCACUCUUUCAGCUUUGGUCCUCAUGAUAACCCAGGCUUUGGGAAUCAACCACCUUAUGGCAGUGGUCAGAUGAAUCAAAAUGUCAAUAUGUCUGCUCAGCAUUUCAGACCAAAUCCUGGGGAGAACUUUGGCCAUUCUGGUCAGAUACCUCACCCUGAUGUGCCAACUAACUUUGGUCCUGGAAACAAUCCAAAUUUUCCAAAUUCUCAGCUAGAGUCAAACCAUUCUUUUGUUCCUCCGCCAAACACGUACAACCAGACAAAAUCAUCAGCACAAAAGCAAGACUUUACUCAAGGUGCAAGCAAAGCACCCAGCCAGAACACUGCUGCUCAUCAGCAUCAUCACAGGACAGAGGAUGUUGUGAGUCAAGGUAACAGUGACCUGAAAAGCGUUACUCGAAACAAUGUGGUAAAUCAGGAUAACAGCCAUUCUAACAGUGCUGAGAACACCAAUGCUGGCCACUCAAAUGGGACCCAGAGCAAGUCCCGCCAGCCUCGAGGCACUGCUGAAGGGUGCAACUCUGAAAAGAGCAGCAAGACACCCCUCCAUCCCAGUCGUCACGGACACUCGUCCUCUGAGCCCGUGUACCCGUGUGGGAUUUGCACACAUGAAGUCAACGAUGACCAGGAUGCCAUCCUGUGUGAGGCCUCUUGUCAGAAAUGGUUCCACCGGGUCUGUACAGGCAUGACAGAGUCGGCCUAUGGGCUCCUCACGGCGGAGGCAUCGGCGGUGUGGGGCUGUGACACUUGCAUGGCUGACAAGGAUGUGCAGUUAAUGCGCACCAGAGACACUGCAGGGCCGCCUGCACUGAACACAGAGGGCUGAUGGCCUCCGUGGCUGCCAGUGGAGCAAAUACUUGCUAUGAAAAUUGGGUUACAAAUUGGGUACUUCACUUUCUGCAGACAAUCAGUUGUGUUGGAUUGCUGUCAUCUUUUUUCCCCCUAAUCUGUAUUCAUUCAUAAACUUCCAUCUCAGCUUUUGUACUCUUAGUUUUAUGUGUGCUAAUGUUUUACAGGAUGGAAUAUUUUUUGUUUCUGAUUAAACUGUAACUGACAAUUGAUCGGAAGUAGGAUGAGCAUUGACAACAUUAUUGAAGGAAAAAUGUGCCUGUAUGAAUAGCCCUAAUUUGCUAGUGUAUAUUAAUGUGUUAACUAACACUAGCAUUUAGUGCUUGGUUUUAAUGGUACUAUAUUUGCAAGUACUCAUUACUUUGUUUUUUUUCUUUUGGCGUGAAUGUCUGUUAUUGAUGUUCUUGCUAGCCUUUCUUUGAAUAUAGUAGAGAUGACAUGGAGGAAUGUGCAGUACUAAUAGUUGUUAUUUUAGGGUAAAUGCAGAGAAUUUUGUAUGUGCUUUUUCCUAUUUUUAAGUAAAGCAUUAAUGUGCCAUUCAAAAAUCAUGAAUUCAUGCUUAGUAACACAAUGAAACCCGCUAACUAUUACACAUUUCUGUUUCCUUGAAAAGGCAAUAAUCUCUUGGCUUCUCAGCAAUUAUAUGCUGAAGGCUCUUGCUAGGCCUUGCAUUAUUUGGAAAUUGUUGUGAAAUAAGAUUAAAUUGGAAGAAGAACACA